AUGGGGACGUUUGCGGAUCACCCGCGAGGUGCCAUGUGCUGCCAUCCAUGGGUGGUGACGUUUGGCUCAGGUUUCGCAUCGCUGCACAAUUUGAUGUCAUCGUCAGAUCUGCCCUGUGCUGGGAAAUGGGAUCGUCAGCGCCGGCACAAGAGAUCAGGCAGCAGCUCCAUCCCUUUAGCUGUGACAGUGGCUAUGAUGGCAAAGAAGUUCUCUGAAGUUGUGCAGCCGCCUGGACCUCAGGUGCCCAUCACUGCUUGCCUUCUAUGCAGGUUAAACCUUCUUUACAUCCUUUGGAUCUCAGCGAUGUUCGUGUGCUCGGGUUACCCAGUUGGCCCUUCCAUGAGCAGCAAUCCUUUUUAUUUGAAUUGCCAGCUGUAUGGAAAAUCUGAUUACUGCCUGGUGCUGCUGAAUAGCUGCUUAGCCAAGGUGGGCAGGAGCGAAGAGCUGGCUCUCCUAAAGCCUCCCUUCCUGGAGAUGCCUUUCAACAAACGGUCCUUUCGCAAUGGUGUGGGAUCAGGAAUUAAAAAAACUUCCUUUCGAAGAGCAAAGUCAUAAACAAAUGUUCCAAACCGUACUCCCGGUUUUAGCAUCCCAUGCCUAACUUUGUG